UGUCUCCUAAAAAUAGCCCCGGUGUGGGGAUCCGUGCGCGGAUGUCCCGGCGAGUCCCGGGCUGAAGGAGGCGGCUCCGGGCGGCGCGGAGCGCUGGUGGCGGGCCCGGGCUGCGGCGUGUUGCGCGCCCGCCAGCUGCUCCGGAGAUACGAUGUUGUAGAAAAUUUCAGCUGUAGCCGUUGGACUAGAAGCUGAAAUAAUAGAAGCUGUGUACGAUGCAUUAGGGUAUCGAAGAAAAUUAACUUUUGAAUUAAAUAUUUGGAAUAUAAGGAAAUAAGGAAAGGUGACUGAAAAUGGGGCGGAAGAAAAUACAAAUCACACGCAUAAUGGAUGAAAGGAACCGACAGGUCACUUUUACAAAGAGAAAGUUUGGAUUAAUGAAGAAAGCCUAUGAACUUAGUGUGCUCUGUGACUGUGAAAUAGCACUCAUCAUUUUCAACAGCUCUAACAAACUGUUUCAAUAUGCUAGCACUGAUAUGGACAAAGUUCUUCUCAAGUAUACAGAAUAUAAUGAACCUCAUGAAAGCAGAACCAACUCGGAUAUUGUUGAGACUUUAAGAAAGAAAGGCCUUAAUGGUUGUGAGAGCCCUGAUGCUGACGAUUACUUUGAGCACAGUCCACUCUCGGAGGACAGAUUCAGCAAACUAAAUGAAGAUAGUGAUUUUAUUUUCAAACGAGGCCCUCCUGGUUUGCCACCUCAGAACUUUUCAAUGUCUGUCACAGUUCCAGUGACCAGCCCCAAUGCUUUGUCCUACACUAACCCAGGGAGUUCACUGGUGUCCCCAUCUUUGGCAGCCAGCUCAGCAUUAACAGAUUCAAGCAUGCUCUCUCCACCUCAAACCACAUUACACAGAAAUGUGUCUCCUGGAGCUCCUCAGAGACCACCAAGUACUGGCAAUGCAGGUGGGAUGUUGAGCACUGCAGACCUCACAGUGCCAAAUGGAGCUGGAAGCAGCCCAGUGGGCCCAUGUACUGUUGAAAGAAGAGGCAUCCUUGAGACUUUUAAAGCACUGAACAAACUCAGGAAAGGCAAAGACUUCUUAAAUAAGAAACCAAAUAAAGCCUAAUGGAAAGAUUGAUUUAUUUGCUUGUGUUAAAAUUCGAAACUCUGUGAAUCAAAAGCACUGUAAAGAGAGUAAAAAGGCAAGACAGAAUGGGAGAAUAUAUAUAGUAUGUAUACGAUCAAUAGAGAGGUGUUUUUUUUUUUUUUUAAGAAUACCUACAAAUCAGUAAGAAAAAGAAAACUCGACUUUUGAAAAUGUGCAUGAGAACACAUCACUUCACAAAAGAAAUAUCUGAUAAACGUGAAGAAAUGCUCAGUCUCGGUAGUCAUGGAAAUGCAAAAUUAAACCACAAAGAGAGAACACUGCACACCCACCAGAAUUGCUAGGAUGAAAUAGAUGGUAUACCAAAUAUUGACAAAGCUAUGAAAAAGCACAAACUCAUACACUGGUAGUGGGAGUACAAGUUGUUGCAACCAUUCGGCAUUAUCUGCCUAAGCUGCAGAUACGUGUAUUCUGUGACCCAGCAUUUUCACUCAUCCUUAUGUACUGUAGAGAAAUGCAUUUGUGCACCACGAGUACCAAGAGAUAUGUAAAAGAAUGUGUACAACAUCAUGUUAAAGUCAUUAUCUAGAAAUAGUACAGAUCUCUGUCAACAGUAGAAUGGGUAAAUAUAAGAGUACAUUCAUAUGAAAGAAUAUUAUACUGCAGUGAAAAUGAAAUCACAGCCGUUCUCAACAUGGAUGAAUGUCACCAAACAUGAAUUAAAGAAGAUAGAUACAUACUCAAGAUUCUAACUAUAUAAAGUUUGAAAAGCAGGCCAAAAAAACUAUAGUGUUUGGGAUGCUUGUGUAGAUAGAUGGCAGAGCCAUAAAGAAAAACCAAGAAAUUACUAUAAAAUUCACAAUAGUGGUUACUUUGGGUAGGUGGGACUCUGGGAAUAUUUUAGGGGGCCCAAUUAUGGAAACUUCUGGGGUUCUGGCAGUAUUCUUAAUCUGAAUGGUGGUUACAUGGAUCUUCACUUUAUGAUAAAUCCUUAACCUAUACGUUUUUGUUUUGUACAUUUUCUGUUUAUGUGUUAUGUUAGCAAGAAAACAGUUUUGAAAAUAAAAGAAUACAAUAGAUAUAAUAAUAAAGGAACUAUAACAACAAAUACUAAGGCAGUUUUUAAAUUAUAAGAGAAAAUAAUGUACAUUUUGUGGUAUUUAUACUAUUCCAAAAUCCAGAGAGAAAAUUUAUAGACACUCAACACUCACAUUCAUGCACAAACUAGAGGUAGCCUUUGAGUCUUUGGACACUGUUGUCUGCCUGUGGCAGCUGGAACUCAGCAUCCAUCUUAAGAUCAUGAGACAAGUCAGUUUAAGAUGACAGGUCAAAAUGCCAAGGUUGAUAAAGUGAAAAGCUUGUGGCCCUCAGUGUUGAGCUGCUGAAGCAGCUGAGUCUGGGACCACUUUUCCCCCAGUCUUUUUACGUGAGAUAAUACGUGUUCCUCAUUCUCCAGAGGAAAAAAGUAAGAUAAAAUCCAUGCAACAGAUAGGGGAAUGUUUAGUAAUGGGCAUUUAAUUGUGCCAAAAUACACAAUUCAAAAAAGAAACCUAACUAGUAUUUUAAAAACUGAAAAGGUUAUUCAUCAUUGGUAGUAUUCAUGAAAUUCAAAUUAAAAUGACAAAAAAAUAAAAUACUACUCUUACUUACUAAUUCCCAACUAUUAGCACUUUUUAUUGUGAUAUUCAGUGCUGAUGAAGGCAUGGUGAAACUGAUGAUCUCAUAACGUGCUUUUGUGGCGUUGUAAGUUAGUAACAAUCUUUCUGGAAGGGUUUUGACAAGAUGUUUUAGUUGUCAUAAAAAUGUUCAUACUUCCAAGCCCACUAAUCCCAUUUUUGGGAAUCUCUCCUGAAGAGGUAAGUUAGAAUAAGCAAAGCUUCAUUGCAACUUUAUUUGUAGUAAUGAAUAAUAGGAAGAAAUCAACAUAUUCAACAUUAUAUAAAUGAAAUUUCAACUGAAUUUCUUUUUAGUUGUGAUUUAAAACGAGCAAAAAAUAUGAGCAUGGAAAACAAAAAGGGAAGAAUCCCAAGAGAUUAUAAUACUUACAUUAAGAUGGUGGGACUGUAAGUGUUUUUCACUCUUUUUCUAGUUUCGGUGAUGCUGUAUUAAUACAGUUACGUCUACAGUCAUAACAUCUUAUUGUAGUAAAUUAGAAUAUUUCUUUAUUUUUUACUUAUAACUUGUUUUCCAUUGUCAUCUGUGCAAAUAAAACUUGGCAGCUUUGUACAUAUUGUAAUUUGUAUAGAUCUUUCAUAGAGGUAAUUUGCUUAUUUGAUUAUGAUUUACUAGGUAUAUUUCUCUACUGGGAAUUUAUAUUUAAUACUGGGUUUAUACUGUAGUUCAAAUAACUUUGGGGACUUUUUACUUUGGGCACACUUUAAAAUAUCAAGCAUAAAAUAAAGUCUUAGAUAUCCAACAACUUCGCUUUUUAAAAACAUGUUGAGAAAGAGAAAAAACAUAUGGUACUAGACAUAGAGAGGCUCAAGAUGCUCUUGGAAUUAUUUGGGGUUAAAUGAAGGUAAAAUAAGGGUUUGCAUUGUAGCAGGCACGUUGGCAUUUAAAAAGAAGAGAUGGAAGAGGUGAAAGAUACCAUGAAGAAAGCUUGAUUGCUCUGAAGGUGGGGAUGGGAUAGUGGAGGACAGCAGUAGUAGAAGUCUUUAGAACAAGCUGAGUUGAGAUGACAGCAGCAUGUCUAAGUGAAAGUGGCCACCAGAUUAUUGAAUAUGGACUGGAAAUUAGGAAAGACAAAGCAGAAACCCAGUUUUCAGUCAUUCACAUGGAGGUGAUAGUUGAAGUUAUAUGUGCUUCAGCGUUCAUGCUUCAUGAAGAUGCUGAAGUUUCUGAAAGAGAAGAAGAUAACGUUGCCUUUUGGGGGCUGCCCACAUGGGAUAGAGAUGGGGAAUACAGUAUUCAGAAAGAAAAGGAGCAGACCCCAUGAGCAUUGCCUAUUUUUGUUAUAAAUUUUUAUUGGACAGGAUCCAUGUUGUCCAUCUUACAAGACAUUUCAUUGAAUCAAGUACACAUACAUUCAAUUAUUUCAAAACCUGUGAUCUUUAUUUAUUAUUUUAUUUUAUUUUAGACUAGUCAAGUGCAGUAGUGAGAAGGGGGUAAAGAGUAGAACAAGGAGUUUGAUAAGUUGAGAUAACUCACUGCCUUUGAACCAGACCUGUGAUCUUUUCUACUUUCAGAAACCUCAAGCAGUUCUUUGUACAAAUGACAUAAUUUUAUAACUGUUAAAAUGUAUUUUUGUUUAUUGAAUAAUCAGCUGAAUGUCAAAUUUUAUGAAAAUUUUGCCAAAUUUGAUGGAACUUUGCUUUGGAUGAGUUUUUCAGAAUCCUUUGAAGUUUACACAUCAGUUGGACUUCUGAAAUGAAUUCAUAGUGAAAUAUUAAUGACAUCAUUGUCUGCAGUUUAACCCUAGAAGAGCAGUAUCUAAGGACACAGAGUACUUGCCAGCUACUUGACUGCAUUAUUUCAGCUGAUGUGAUUUAUAUUUUGAAAUAUGAGCCAGACUGAUGGAAUUGAGCGACCUAUCUUCUAGCUCUAGGACUGUCAUUGAGAUCAAGUUCUGUUAAGUUUCUGAAGGCGUGGAUAUGCAGUUUGCUCAAGAGCAAUUUUUCACAUUUGUGUUAGGAUAGCAAGUUACCUUGAAAACUGGAAACACAUUUUAACAACAUUAAAUUGGAUUUAUUCAUUUAGUGUAGAUACUGUAGUUCCUAGGUUUGUAAACUGUGGCAAGAUGAGUUAUAUACUGAAAGUAUUUACCUCAAAAGUCUAUCUGAAAAAUAUCUUCAUUUUUGUAAUAAAAAUUGAGCUGGAGGUAAGAAGGUAUAUAUUAGGGUAUAUAUCACUGCACUCUACAAAAUAACAAGUCAUGCAUAGGAGAUUCUCUUAGCUUCAGCCUGGCAAGUUACCAAACACUUACAUCAUCCUUUAAUCAUCAUCUUCUACUGACUCCUGACUUUACACCAAGAAAUACUGUGCUUUUAAGUCCCCUCUUACUCUUGAAAUUUGGUUCUCAUGAGUUAACCAUAGCGUCAUAUCUAUCUGAAGCACCAUAGACUGCACAUGGGAAAAUAGUAUUUGUGCUUCUUGAUGAUGUGUGGCUCUGAAUUAUAUAUUUUACAUCAUUUUUUGUCUUUGAGAGGAAAUUCUACUUUCUCCUUCAGAUUUGAGUAUAAAUCAAGUAAAGAAGAAUCUUCUAAGUAAUAUCAGAAUCAGAACACAUAUUCAUGCCAUUGUAUAUGAAAAAAAUUAUUAAUCUGACACUCUCGUACUGUUAUGCAAAAUGAAGUUUCUAUUUAACCUUCCUAUUUUUGAAUAAAAUUAUGUAAUAAACAUUUUAAUUCUACAAAUGUCCGGCUUAGCAAUUACCUAUGUCCAACUCAUAUAUGAUCUCUACUCGACAGGAUGACCUGGUGAAGUGGUUGUUUUUUAAACUGCAUUGCUUUCUGAAGCUUAGCAGGAUGCAGGAAAUUACUCUAUGGGGUGUGGAAAGGAUUUAAUUCAUACCCCUUCAAGAUAAUGAAAGCAGAAUGCAGGAAAUAACCUCAUGAGGUUAACUGAAAUACCAGUCCCCACAGCAAAAUUAGAUCAUACAUAUGAAUUAAAACUGAGUGGGUCACUUGGUAAAUGUUUUGGAGGAAACAGGAAUUGGGUGAGGGUAAGGAAGAAAAAAACCACUGUAAUCAUCUGGAACUCAGAAAUUCUUUUGUUUGAGACAGGAUCUCACUCUGUUGCCCAGGCUGGAGUACAGUGGCGUGAUCUCGGCUCACUGCAGCCUCUGCCUGUGCAGCUCAGGCAAUUCUCCUGCAUCAGCCUCCCUAGUAGCCAGGAUUACAGACAUGCACCACCAUGCCCCACUAAUUUAGCAUUUUUUUUUUUUUAGUGGGGUUUUGCCAUGUUGUCCAGGCUGAUCUGCAACUCCUGACCUCAGGUGAUCCACCCAUCUUGGCCUCCCAAAGUGCUGGGAUUACAGUUGCGAGCCACCAUGCCUGGGCCUUUUAUUUAAAAAAAAAAAAUUACUUCAAUAGUUUUGGGGGAACAAGUGGUGUUUUGUUGCAUGGAAAAAUUCUUUAGUGGCGAUUUUGGAGUUCACCAGAGCAGUGUACACUGUACCCAAUAUGUAGUCUUUGAUGCCUCACCCACCUCCCAGCCCUCCUCCUUGAGUCCCCAAAGUCCAUUGUAUCAUUCUUAUGCCUUUGCAUCCUCAUAGCUCAGCUCCCACUUAUAAGUGAAAACAUGUGAUGUUUGGUUUUCCAUUCCUGAGUUCUCUUAGAAUAAUGGUCUCCAGUUCCAUCCAGAUUGCCACAAAUGCCAUUAUUUUGUUCCGUUUUAUGGCUGAGUAGUAUUCCAUGGUGUACAUAUAUAUAUAUAUAUUACGUUUUCUGUAUCCACUUUUUGGUUGAUGGGUGUUUAGGCUGGUUCCAUAUUUUCGCAGUUGCAAAAUGUGCUGCUGUAAACAUGUGUGCGCAAAUGUCUUUUUCAUAUACUGACUUCUUUUCCUCUGACCCAGUAGUGGGAUUGCUAGAUCAAACCGUAGUUCUACUUUUAGUUCUUUAAGCAAUCUCUGUACUGUUUUCUUCAGUGGUUAUACUAGUUUACAUUCCCACCAGCAGUGUAUAAGUGUUUGCUUUUCACCAUAUCCAUGCCAACAUCUAUUAUUUUUUGAUUUUUAAAAUAUGGCUAUUCUUGCAGGAGUAAGGUGGUAUCUCAUUGUGAUUUUGAUUUGCAUUUCACUGAUAAUUAGUGAUGUUGAGCAUUUUUCUUAUGUCUUUUGGCAAUUUGUGUAUCUACUUUUGAGAAUUGUCUAUUCAUGGCCUUUGCCCACUUUUUGAUGGGAUUAUUUGUUUUUUUCUUGCUGAUUUGAGUUCCUUGUAGAUUUUGGAUAUUAGUCCUUUGUCAGAUGCGUAGUUUGCGAAGAUUUUCUCCCACUCUCUAGGUUGUCUGCUGAUUAUUUCUUUUGCUGUGCAGAAGGUUUUUAGUUUAAUUAGGUCCCAUCUAUUUAUUUUUGUCUUUGUCAUAUUUGCUUUUGGGUUCUUGAUCAUGAACCCUUUGUCUAAGCCAGUGUCUAGAAGAGUUUUUCCAGUGUUCUAGAAUUUUUGUGAUUUCAGGUCUUAGAUUUAAGUCUUUGAUUCAUCUUGAAUUGAUUUUUGUGUAAGAUGAGAAAUGAGGAUCCAGUUUCUUUCUUCUACAUGUGGCUUGCCUAUUAUGCCAGCACCAUUUGUUGAAUAGGGUGUCUUUUCCCCACUUUAUGUUUUUGUUUGCUUUGUUGAAGAUCAGUUGGCUGGAAGUAUUUGGCUUUAUUUCUGGGUUUUCUAUUCUGCUCCGUUGGUCUGUGUGCCUGUAUUUAUGCCAGUACCUUGCUUUUCUGGUAACUAUAGUCUUGUAGUAUAGUUUGAAAUGGAAAUAAUGUGAUGCCUCCAGAUUUGUUCUUUUUGCUUAGUCUUGCUUUGGCUAUGCAGGCUCUUUUAGUUUCAUAUGAAUUUUAGGAUUUUUUUUCCCCUAGUUCUGUGAAGAAUGAUGGUGGUAUUUUGAUGGGAAUUGCAUUGAAUUUGUAGAUUGCUUUUGGCUUUAUGGUCAUUUUCACAAUAUUGAUUCUACCCAUCCGUGAGCAUGAGAUGUGUUUCCAUUUGUUUGUAUCAUCUGUGAUUUCUUUCAGCAGUGGUUCGUAGUUUUCCUUGUAGAAAUUUUUCACCUCCUUGGUUAGUUAUGUUCCUAAGUAUUUUAUUUUUUUUGCACCUGUUGCAAAAAGAGUUGAAUUUAAUUGAUUUAAUUCUCAGCUUGGUCAUUGUUGGUGUAUAGCAGUGCUGCUGAUUUGUGUACGUUGAUUUUGUGUCCUGAAACUUUACUGAAUCCAGUAAAGAUGUCAUAGAUGGCUUUUAUUACUUUAAGAUAUGCACCUUCUAUGCCAGUUUUGCUUUUUGACUUGUGUAUGUUAAACCAUCCCUGCAUCCCUAGUAUGAAACCCACUUGAUCAUGGUGUAUUCUCUUUCGAUAUGCUAUUGGAUUCGGACACCUGUUAUUUUGUUGAGGAUUUCUGUACCUGUGCUCAUCAGGGGUAUUGGUCUGUAGUUUACUUUUGUUAUAUCCUUUCCUGGUUUUGGUAUUAGGGUGAUACUGGCUUCAUAGAAUGAUUUAGGAAGGAUUCUGUCUUACUCUGUUGUUUGUAAUGGUUUAAUAAGAUUGGUACCAGUUCUUCUUUGAAUGCUUGAUAGAAUUCACCUCUGAAUUCAUCUGGUCUUGGACUUUUCUUUCUGUUGGCAGUUUUUAAAAUUACUGUUUCAGUCUCGCUACUCGUUAUUGGUCCAUGCAGAGUUUUUAUUUCUUCCUGAUUUAACCUAGGCGGGUUGUAUAUUUCCAGGAAUUUAUCCAUCUCCUCUAGAUUUUCUAGUGUAUUUUUCCACCCCUUUACUUUAUGUAAGUCCUUAUGUGUUAGGUGAGUGUCUUGAAGACAGCAGAUACUUGGUUGGUGGAUUUUUAACCAUUCUGCCAUUCUGUAUCUUUUAAGUGGAACAUUUAGGCCAUUUAUAUUCAACGUUAAUAUUGAGAUGUGAGGUACUAUUUUAUUAAUCAUUGUGUUAGUUGUUGCCUGAAUACUUUUUUUUUUCAUUGUGCUAUUGUUUUAUGGGCCCUGUGAGAUUUAUGAUUUAAGGAGGGUGUAUUUUCAGGUUUUGUUUCAAGAUUUAGAACUCCUUUUAGCAUUUCUUGGUUGUGCUGGCUUAGUAGUGGUGAAUUCUCUCAGCGUUUGUUUGUCUGAAAAAGACUAUCUCUUCUUCAUUCAUGAAGCUUAGUUUUGCUGGGCACAGAACUCUUGACCAGCAAUUAUUUUGUUUUGAGGAAGCUAAAGAUAGGACCCCAAUCUCUUCUGGCUUGUAGGGUUUCUGGAGAGAAAUCUGCUGUUAAUCUGGUAAGUUUUCCUUUGUUGGUUACCUGAUGCUUUUGCCUCUCAGCUCUUAAGAUUCUUCCCUUUGUCUUCACUUUAGAUAACCUGAUUACUGUGUGCCUGGGUGACGAUCUUUUUGCAGUGAAUUUCCCAGGUCUUCUUUGAGCUUUUUGUAUUUGGAUUUCUAGAUCUCUAGUGAGGCCAGGGAAGUUUUCCUCAAUUAUUUUCUCAAAUAUGGUUUCCAGACUUUUAGAUUUCUCGUCUUCCUCAAGAACACCACUUAUUCUUAGGUUUAGCUGUUUAGCAUAAUCUCAAAUUUUUUGGAGGCUUUGUUCGUUUUUGUUUUUUCUUUUUUUUUUUUUACUUUGUCUUUGUUUGAUUGAAUUAAUGCUGUCACCUAGGCUGCAAUGUGGUGGCGUGGUCUUGGCUCACUGCAACCUCUGCCUCCUGGGCUCACCUCAGCCUCCUUAGUAGCUGGGACUACAGGUGCACACCACCAUGUCCUAUUAAUUUUUCUUUAUUUUAUUUUAUUUUUUUUGUAGAGAUGGGGUUUCACCAUGUUGCCCAGGCUGGUUUUGAACUGGGCUCAAGCAAUCUGCCCACCUCAGCCUCCCAAAGUUCUGGGAUUACAGGCAUCAGCUACCACAUCUGACCUAGUGGCAAACCAUUUUACGUCUCAGAAUGCAGUCUUGUCAGGAUGAGAUUAUUAGGAUGGAUUUUAGACCAGUGUUAAGCACACAGCAGACACUCAGUUUUUGUUAGUCCUUGCAUGUGUCUGGGUGUGGGUGUGUAUUUGUAACACCUAGUGUCUGCUUAUUUUUCAUGAAUUCUGAAGUUUUCUUUUUUGCUUUAUAGUAGAAUGAAAGGAGCAGAACAAAUACAGCUACUCUUUCCUUCUGAUGGUCCCUGAAGCUGUGGAUUAUCCAGGCUUAUCUGCUCUGACAUUCCUCACUCACACCUUGUUCGUUCGUGCUUUAAUAUAUUUUUCUCACAUUUAUCCAUAAUGCCUGCCUUCUCUUUUCUUCUGUUCUUCUUCAUUUCAGACUGCUCAGUAGUUAAUCCCACAAAGGCUUUCCUAAUUAAGCCGAUAUAUUUGUUAUCAGUGCUUUCUAUUUCAUUGUAAAUUUUGUGUGGUUACCUCUAGUUUGCCCAUAUUGUGAGUAUAAUUUUGGUAUAUUCAUGCCUAUGUGAUAUGCCUGCUCUUGCUAACUAGAUGACAAGCUACUUGAAGACCUGUAGGCUUUUUAUGGUUUCUCUACAUACACCCUCCCAGGGGCACAGUACUGUAUACGUAAUAGAUAUUUGAAUUUUUUUAAUUUCCAAAUAGUAAAGGUAAUUCUGUGUUUUCCAAUUUUAGACAGUUGCUAGUCUUAAUGACAUGUGAAUGCUGAGUCCUACCCGGAGAACUUAAGAGGCCUGUUUGGCUCAUCAGGAACCUCUGGUUCACUAUUCUGAAUAUUUUGUUCUUUGCCAGCUUUGUAAUAAACACUUAUUCUUUUAUUCUUCCCUGCUUUAUUUGUGAUUUACUUUGAAAUUGAAAUAGCACACUGUAGCCUCUGUUUUAUAAAUGCACAUUAUAUGUUUCUGUACACUGCUUACUUAUCUACUUUUUAUUUGUGUCAUGAUCUCUGCUGUUGGACUGCAAGCUGGUGAAUAGUAGCUGUUUCUAUUAGGAUACUAUCAGUUGCAACUAACAGAAAACUACCUCAGGCUUAAAUUCUAUAGGGGAUGUAUUAACUUACAUGUAACCAAAAGAUCCAGAAGUGGUACAGACUACAAGCAUGGCUUAAUGAGGGAUUUUACAUCAUUUAUUUGCUGUUCUCCUUUUUGUAUCAGCAUUUUCCUCAUUCCGGCCUUCUUCUGAGUCUCAAAAUGACUUAAGAAUAAAAUGCUGGCCGGACACGUUGGCUCACGCCUGUAAUCCCAGCACUUUGGGAGGCUGAGGUGGGCAGAUCACGAGGUCAGGAGAUCAAGACCAUCCUGGCUAACACGGUGAAACCCCAUCUCUGCUAAAAACACAAAAAAUUAGCCGGGCGUGGUGGCGGGUACCUGUAGUCCCAGCUACUCAGGAGGCUGAGGCAGGAGAAUGGUGUGAACCCGGGAGGCGGAGCUUGCAGUGAGCCGAGAUCGCGCCACUGCACUCCAGCCUGGGCAACAGGGCAAGACUCUGUCUCAAAAAUAAAUAAAUAAAUAAAAAUAAAAUGCUUCCUCAGGCACAGUUUGGGGAAUGUGGGAGCCUCCCUGAUAAUCAUGGAACAGUUGUUUUACCCGGGUUCUGAUUGGUCAUUACCACAUCCAGUCACUGUGGUGAGCGAGAAUGACCUGAGUCAAAUGCCUAUCACUGAGUUCAUCUGGGGGUUGGAGGGAGGGUUGCAGAGAGUCAGCCUCACCCAGUCCACUUGGUUGCUAUACAUGGGAAGAAGUAGAAUGACUGACUACAGUAUUCAUGAAAACAGGAUGGUUUCAUAUUUAUUUUAUAUCUCAACUGGUACCCAAAAGUAUUAUAUACAUAGAGCAUAUAUCAGAAUGUGCGUUUUUCCUUAUUUCAUUAAGAGAGAUGGAAGGUUCUGUUACGGAAAGUUUAGGAAUAAGAUGAUUAAAGUGAGAUAAAUCAGAAAUAUUUAAUAAGAACCUCGAUGAAGCUGAAGUAACAGAACCAGUAGAAGUAGAGCCAUAAGGAAGAAGUACUUGGUGAAAAUGGGGCAUUAGAAAUGAGUGCUGAAUAAGCUGCAGUUAAGAAGUUGCUCCGAUACCUAGUUCACUACUCAGAACUUAGUAGUAGCAGUGCCUUUGCUCUCACAAGAGUGAUUGAAUAGGCUGGUCUCAGACAUUUUUCUAUAAUACCUCCAUUAUUUUAGUCCCCAGUAUGAGAUGCCCUCUUAGAAAUGUGGUCUUUUGCUUGUUUGUUUCUUUGAGACACAGUUUCACUCUGUCACCCAGGCUGUAGUGCAGGGGCAUGAUCUCAGCUCACGGCAACCUCCGUCUCCUGGGUUCAGGUGAUUCUCCUGCCUCAGCCUCCCAAGUAGCUGGGAUCACAGGCGUGCGCCACCACGUCCAGCUAAUUUUUGUGUUAUUAGUAGAGACGGGGUUUCAACGUGUUGGCCAAGCUGGUCUCAAACACCUGACCUCAAGUGAUUCACCCUCCUCAGCAUACCGAACUAGGCUGGGAUUACAGGUGUGAGCCACUGCACCUGGCCAGAAAUGUGUUGUGUGUUAAAUCUCUUUCAGCAAGUCCAAGCAGUAAUGCUGUGCAGGUAUCAUUAGUCUUAAGCUUUAUAUGUAUUUCAGACUUUGCUUGUCUUCCUUUGCUUAUUUUUAAGAUAUCCAAAGGUACUUCAUUAGUUACCACAGGUUGAGUAUCCCAAAUACAAAAUGCUGUAAAAUCUGAAACAUUUUGAGCACGACGUGAUUCUCAGAAGUGUUAAUUGGAGGAUUUUGGAUUUUCAGGUUUAGGGACGCUCAGCCCAUAAGUAUGUAAUACAAGUAUUCCAAAAUCAGAAACACUUCUGGUCCCAAGCAUUUCAGAUAAGGGAUACUCAAACCUGUAGUGAGUUUUGUUAUAAAAUUUAUUUGCAACUCAGACUGGGGAAAACUUGAUUUGUUUGUGCCAAAGUAUCGUAAUAACUCUUCUCACAUUAUUGAAUGAUAUUUUU